UUGACGGUGGUUACGGUAAAUGGGGCAAGUGGGGUAAAUGCAGCAAAACUUGUGGCGGAGGACAACAAACAAGAAAGCGAAAAUGCAACAAACCGAAGCCGUCAAAAGGAGGAAAGAAAUGUAAUGCCCUUGGACCAAGUAAAGAAACUCAGGAAUGCAACACAAAUCCUUGUGGACCUGCCUGGAAGCCAAUGGGCUGCUAUAUUAUGAAAGCUAAAGCACUCGAUAAGUAUUUCUUAAGAGCAGGAAGUAUCUCUCAAAUUGGCAAGAGAUUCGACGCAUGUGUAAAAGAGGCUAAGGCUCAAGGAAUCAAAUUGUUUGGUAUGGAUGACAAAAGAUGCUGGACAAGUGAUAACCCAGAGAAAUCCUACGAUAAGAUUGGAAAAUCGGGACUAUGUAAGAAAAAGAAAGACUAUGGUACUGGCUUUACAGAGUCCCUCACAGUGUUCGUGUAUCGCAUGGAUGGCAAAGGUGAAUUUAAGGCAGUGGACUGCUUUUUAAACAGUGCUCCUGCAAUUUUGCCCCAAGCUUUCGAUAAAAAUGUCGGGAGUGUGUCCGGUACUGAAGCUAUGGUUGAGUACUGCCAAGAGAAGGCCGAGAAGUUUGGCUACAAAACCUUUGGUAUCGACGAUAAAGGAUGUUGGUCUGCUGACAAUGCAGCUUCGGUAUAUGACGACUACGGAAAAUCUAAUGCGUGUACAAUCUCGAAGAAGACUGGUAACGGUGUUGGAGCCGAGAUUAACGCUGAUAUCUUCGUUUAUCAGCUGCAAGGAUAAGAUGUCAGAGUGUUAUUAUCCGAACCAGAUGUGAAAUGGCUUUCUAAAAU